AUGAGCCGGCCUGAUGUCCCGUUCAAUGGGAAGACGGUUAUGUUUGGUGGUGACUUUGGACAAGUUCUCCCUGUUGUUCGAAAGGGGCCAAUGUCUGAGAUAGUUGAUUCGACGUUGCGCAAGUCCUACCUAUGGGAGUGCAUGCGGGACCUAAGGCUCGUGCAUAACAUGAGGGCUCAGAGUGACCCAUGGUAUGUGGAAUACCUACUGCGCAUCGGUAAUGACACCGAAGAGGCUGAUGGUGAUGGCAACAUACGUAUUCCUGAUGAUAUAUGUGUGCCAUAUAUAGGAAAGGACGCAGACCUCAAUAAACUUAUAGACAACGUGUUUUCGAUGCUCAACGCUAACCUGACUAACCCAAAGUACAUAACGUCAAGAUCCAUCGUGUCCACACAGAAUGAGUGUGUGGAUACGAUUAACAUGAAGAUGAUUGGUCGUUUCCAGGGGGACGAGAUGGAGUACCAUAGCUUUGAUCGCGUUGAAGAUGACCCCCACAACUACUAUCCCCCAGAAUCCCUUAACUCUCUGACCCCAAACGGGCUGCCUCCGCAUGUGCUAAAGCUCAAGGUCAGUAGCUAA